UCCUGAGCAGAGCCCAGAGAGAAACAGCAGAAGGGCAUACAAAGGGAGGUUAGGAGAGAGGAGAGAAGACAGAGAUACACAGAAAAAAAGAUAUCCAGAGGGAAAGAGAAAAGCACACAGGAAUAUAGAAGGACAGAAAUACAGAAGGAAACAGACAGCUAAAAAAAGGUUUCUGCCCUUUUAAUCUGGCAGGCCAUACAUCACCAUCAACUGCACCAUCAGGAACAUAACAUGUCUGGGUGAACAAAAGAUACAGAGUUCAAAGCCACACUGGCAACAUCAACAGGAAACAGGAAGAUAGAGUUAGUGUUGUGUCCCAUCAUGCAAAACAUAGCUGUGAUUCUGUUUGCUGUCAACUACUUCACCUGGACAUCAGCUGUAUUUGACAGUCAAAGACAAAGUGUGCAUAAGAAACUUCGCUACCUUCUCGAACCACCCGUCUAUGCAGAAGUAACUGCUCGUCGAGGUGCAAACGUCACCCUUCCCUGUUUGUUGCAAAAGAAACCGCUCGUGUACAAAGUGAAGUGGACAAAGUUGGAACCACUGCGUCGUGGAGUGGAAAACAUUGUUCUCAUCACAAACGGUCAGGCGCAAAAGGGAUACGGCUUGCUCGGGCCCCGGGCAUCCUUACGCCGCGCACAUCCAUUGGAUGCCUCCGUGCGCAUCAGCAACCUUGAACUGGAGGACGACGGAAGCUACCGAUGUGAACUAAUCAACGGUAUCGAAGACGAAAGUGUCGUCCUUACCCUGAGAGUAGAAGGGCUUGUAUUUCCUUAUCAGAGUGCCAAUGGUCGUUACAAAUUCAACCACCAGGAGGCCAAAGAGGCUUGCUAUGGACAGGACGCUGCACUGGCUACGCAUAAGCAGCUGUUCAGAGCCUGGACUGAAGGGCUUGACUGGUGCAAUGCGGGAUGGCUGAACGAUGGGACAGUCCAUUACCCCAUCCUGCACCCGCGGGCACAGUGUGGAGGAGAGAAACUGCCGGCCGGAAUUCGCAGCUACGGCCCCAAAGACAAGACCCGAGACUACUUCGAUGCCUUUUGCUUCACUUCUAUAACCGCAGGGUAUGUGUUUUUCAUCGGGGGCAAACUGAACUUUACUGAAGCCAUAGAGGUGUGCAGGGAGAAGGGGGCGGAGCUGGCCCGAGUUGGUCAGCUGUACUCGGCCUGGCACUUCAGGGGCUUGGACCGCUGCGAUGGAGGCUGGCUGUAUGACGGCAGCGUACGCUUCCCCAUCACCAGCCCCAGGAAGCGCUGCGGAGACCUGCGUGAGCCCGGGGUGCGGAGCUUCGGCUUCCCCAGCAAGACCCUGCGUCUCCAUGGGGCUUACUGCUACAGGUAGUAGGGCAGGGGGAAGAGGUGGAGGUGGCACACUGACUCUUCAGAAGACGUCAGCAGGACACAGCAUGCUUUGGCACUUUUAAAACUGAAGUUUGGCCAUAAUGUUUGCAAAUACUGCAGGAAAUGAUGCAGGAUAACUGCUUGUAUUUACAAUGCAAUCGCAUUACCUCCUGACUUUGUGAUUAUAUUGAUAUUUAAAAGCAGUGCUAUUUGCUAUGACUGGAGGACAUAUUGAGUAUCAGGAUUACAUACUACAGCAUGAAGGCUGAGUAAUAAGAAAUUGAAUAAUUUUGUGUUUUCCUACUGUGUUAAUUCUGUUCAUAACAGGAUCAGAAGGAUUUUGUGUUCAUGCAUUUGUCAUGUGGCAGUCUCCAUUGAAUUAAUACGGCUAAAAUUUACGUUAAUUCUCACCAUGAAUAUUGAAGAAGAUCAUAUGAUGUUACUUAAAAAAGAACUUAUUCAUCAUAAAUGAAUUGAUUAUGUAGCAAGGAAAGGCAUUUAAUCAAAUGUUAUUGUAGGCAACCCUCCAUUGUUGUCUGCCACUCUGCUUGAUCCAUGAAGUCCAUGGUCUUCAGUCAGUGUAGGUCAAAUUAAUUUGACAAUAUGAUUCUGUAUUUGAUAUGUAAAUGCAUCAAUAAAGUAAAUAAUGACUUAAUAA